AUGAAUUCUGUCUAUCAUAUUAUCGUUCGUCGACUAUCAACUCAACAAAAUCAUUAUAAAUUAGUUAUUAUUGGAUCUGGAUGUGGUGGUCUAGCUUGUGCAUCAAAAUUUGCCAAAAAACUACCAAAAGAUAAUAUUGCUAUUAUUGAUAAAAAUGAUAUACACACUUAUCAACCAGGUUGGACAUUAGUCGGCGCAGGAAUAAAAAAAGCUGAAGAACUUGAAAAAUCACAAUCAGAAUGUAUUCCACAAAAUACAACUUGGAUUCAGGCAUAUGCUAAUCAAGUUGAACCAGAAAAAAAUCUUGUUCAAUUAGAUAAUGGACGAAAAAUCACCUAUGAUUAUUUAAUUGUUGCUGCUGGUAUUGAAAUAAAUUUCAAUAGAAUAAAAGGAGCUAUCGAUGCACUAGAAAAUGAUCCACAACAUGUAGUUAGCAUUUAUACUCGAAAAUAUGUUACAAAUGUUUAUAAUGCACUCAAUAAUUUUCGUGAUGGCCAUGCAUUAUUUACGUUUCCAGCUACACUUAUUAAAUGUCCUGGAGCACCACAAAAAAUUAUGUAUCUUGCUGAAGAUUUAUUCCGAAAAAAUAAUGUACGCGAUAAAACUACAGUUACAUAUAAUACUUCACUACCAGUUAUUUUUGGUGUUAAAAAGUAUGCUGCUGCUUUAAUGGAAGUUGUUAAAAAACGAAACAUUCAAUUAAAUACUCGAUUGAAUCUUGUUGAAGUGCGAGCGAAUUCGAAAGAAGCUAUUUUUGAAAAUCUUGAUCAACCGGGUACUAUGAAAACAUUUAAAGAAGGACCUGCAGCUUCGUAA